UGACUCGAGAACUUGAGGCUGAACGCCAGAUUGUAGCCAGCCAACUGGAGAGAUGUAAGCUUGGAUCAGAGACUGGAAGCAUGAGCAGCAUUAGUUCAACAGAAGAGCAGUUUCAUUGGCAAACGCAAGACGGUCAGAAGGAUAUAGAGGAUGAGCUCACAACUGGUCUUGAGCUGGUGGACUCCUGUAUUAGAUCACUGCAGGAGUCAGGAAUACUUGAUCCACAGGACUAUUCAACUAGUGAAAGGCCCAGCCUUCUAUCCCAGAGUGCACUUCAGCUCAAUUCCAAACCUGAAGGGUCUUUCCAGUAUUCAGCGAGCUACCAUAGCAACCAGACCCUUGCCCUGGGUGAAACAGCAACAUCACAGCUCCCAGCCCGCAGCAGUCAAGCCAGAGCUGCCAUUCAAAGCUACAGCCAGGGCACAACUAGUCGAACAGCUCAUUUAGCUGGAUCCGAACCUUCUCAGUCAAGAGAGUCCUUUGUGCCAAGCCAUGGGAGCGCGUUCCAUUUGCCUGAUUCCCAGCAUUCUUCAACACUUUAUUACUCCAGCUCCACUCUGCCAGCCCAGAGAGUGAGCUCCCCGCUGUCCAUGCAGCAGGUGGGCUCUCCAACCAAGCUCCAGCGGGUGGGUUCAGCAUCGGAGAGCGCUGGAUACAGCACCACGCAGCGGGUCUCUUCUCCCAAGCAGUCUCCAAGCCGGCUAGCCAAGUCUUACAGCACCAGCUCACCAAUCAAUAUUGUUGUGUCUUCAGCAGGACUUUCUCCUUCCCCAAUUCGUGUGACGUCUCCACCCACCAUCCAGUCUAAUAUUUCCUCCUCUCCUAUACAUCAGCUAAGCUCCACCAUUGGCACUUAUGCUACUCUGUCUCCUACCAAACGGCUGGUCCACACAUCAGAUCAGUACAGCAAGCAUUCCCAGGAACUAUAUGCCACUGCUACCCUACAGAGACCUGGCACCCUAGCAGCUGGGUCUCGGGCAUCUUACAGCAGCCAGCACAGCCACCUUGGCUCCGAAUUAAGGGCGCUGCAGUCUCCAGAGCACCAUAUAGAUCCUAUUUACGAAGAUAGAGUGUAUCAGAAGCCCCCUAUGAGGAGUCUCAGCCAGAGUCAGGGGGACCCUCUGCAACCAGCACAUACAGGAACUUAUCGCACUAGCACGGCCCCAUCUUCCCCUGGUGUCGACUCCGUACCCUUACAGCGCACAGGCAGUCAGCACGGCACACAGAACGCAACAUCGACCUUCCAGAGGGCCAGCUAUGCUGCAGGCCCAGCCUCCAAUUACGCAGACCCCUACCGACAGCUGCAGUAUUGUCCUUCUGUUGAAUCACCAUACAGCAAAUCUGGGCCAGCCAUCCCACCAGAAGGGACCUUGGCUAGGUCACCUUCCAUUGAUAGCAUUCAGAAAGAUCCCAGAGAGUUUGGAUGGAGAGAUCCAGAACUUCCUGAAGUUAUACAGAUGUUACAGCAUCAGUUCCCUUCAGUACAGUCCAAUGCUGCAGCCUACUUGCAGCAUCUCUGUUUUGGAGACAAUAAAAUAAAAGCAGAGAUAAGAAGACAAGGAGGAAUACAGUUACUGGUGGACCUGUUGGAUCAUCGAAUGACAGAAGUCCACCGUAGUGCCUGUGGAGCUUUGAGAAACUUGGUGUAUGGGAAAGCAAAUGAUGACAACAAAAUUGCUCUGAAAAACUGUGGUGGUAUCCCAGCAUUAGUACGGUUGCUCCGCAAGACUACAGAUUUGGAAAUCCGAGAACUGGUCACAGGAGUUCUCUGGAAUCUAUCCUCUUGUGAUGCACUGAAAAUGCCAAUCAUCCAGGAUGCCCUUGCAGUGUUGACUAAUGCAGUGAUCAUCCCUCACUCGGGAUGGGACAACUCGCCCCUCCAGGAUGAUCACAAAAUACAGCUCCAUUCAUCACAGGUGCUGCGCAAUGCCACUGGGUGCCUAAGGAAUGUCAGCUCUGCUGGAGAGGAGGCCCGCAGAAGAAUGAGGGAGUGUGAUGGACUUACUGAUGCAUUGCUGUACGUGAUUCAGUCUGCUCUUGGGAGCAGUGAAAUUGAUAGCAAGACCGUUGAAAACUGUGUAUGCAUUUUGAGGAACCUCUCAUACAGGCUCGCUGCAGAAACAUCUCAGGGACAGCAGAUGGGAACAGACGAACUCGAUGGGUUACUGUGUGGUGAUGCUAAUGGCAAAGAUGCAGAGAGUUCAGGUUGUUGGGGCAAGAAGAAGAAGAAAAAGAAAUCCCAAGAUCAGUGGGAUGGAGUAAGACCUCUCCCAGACUGUGCAGAACCACCAAAAGGAAUCCAGAUGCUGUGGCACCCUUCAAUAGUCAAACCCUACCUCACACUUCUCUCUGAGUGCUCAAAUCCAGACACACUGGAAGGAGCAGCAGGUGCACUGCAGAACUUGGCUGCAGGAAGCUGGAAGGGCUACGCUAUUCACGUAGCUGAAGUUGCGUAUCUUAGAUCGAUCCCCCCACCUAGUCCCUGCCCCCAGCUCCCAGGAUGGUCAGUGUAUAUCCGUGCUGCCGUCCGCAAAGAAAAAGGCCUGCCGAUCCUGGUGGAGCUACUUCGAAUAGACAAUGACCGGGUGGUAUGUGCAGUUGCUACAGCUUUACGAAACAUGGCCUUAGAUGUCAGAAAUAAGGAGCUAAUAGGCAAGUAUGCCAUGCGGGAUCUGGUCCACCGACUUCCAGGAGGUAACAACAGCAACAGCUCAGCAAGCAAGGCCAUGUCGGAUGACACCGUUACUGCCAUUUGCUGCACUCUGCAUGAAGUUAUCACUAAAAACAUGGAGAAUGCCAAGGCCUUACGGGAUGCAGGAGGCAUUGAGAAGCUGGUUGGCAUUUCCAAGAGUAAAGGAGACAAGCACUCACCAAAAGUGGUGAAAGCAGCAUCUCAGGUCCUAAAUAGCAUGUGGCAGUACAGAGACCUGAGAAGUCUCUACAAGAAGGAUGGAUGGUCACAGUAUCACUUUGUAGCCUCAUCUUCAACAAUAGAGCGGGAUCGGCAAAGACCAUACUCUUCAUCACGCACGCCCUCCAUCUCACCAGUGCGCAUGUCUCCUAAUAAUCGCUCAGCAAGUGCCCCAGCCUCACCUCGUGAAAUGAUCAGCCUAAAAGAAAGGAAAACAGACUACGAAUCAACUGGAACAAAUGCCGCUUACCAUGGUAAUAAAGGAGAACACACUUCCAGGAAAGACACCAUGACAGCUCAAAAUGCUGGAAUCUCAACUUUGUACAGGAAUUCUUAUGGUGCACCUGCUGAAGAUAUCAAACACAACCAGGUUUCAACACAGCCAGUUCCACAGGAGCCCAGUAGAAAAGAUUAUGAACCGUAUCAGCCGUUUCAAAAUUCGACAAGAAACUAUGAUGAGUCCUUCUUUGAGGAUCAAGUGCAUCAUCGCCCACCUGCAAGCGAAUACAACAUGCAUCUGGGACUAAAAUCAACUGGCAACUACGUCGACUUCUAUUCAGCUGCUCGUCCCUAUAGUGAACUUAACUAUGAAACAAGCCACUAUCCAGCUUCUCCAGAUUCCUGGGUUUGAGGCUUGGGCAAGACACAAAAGCUCCAGGAACUGUGCAUGUGCAUGCAUACCACAAGACAUUUUUUUCCUGCAGAUUUAGUUUGUUAAAGCCUGUUCCAUAGGAAGGCCCUGAUAAUCAGUAUGGAAAAUUUAAGAUAUUUUAGAAGGCUAAAAGAAAUGAAAGUUAAACAUGGAAGUCAUUAGAAAGAUAUAUAUAUACAUAUAUAUAUUACAGUGUGGGACAACUUUACUGUUGGCCUAUAGAGUUUAAAACAAUGGUGCUGUACACUGAAUGUGGCUGAAGGAAGGAGGGUGAAUAUGACAGUGGAUGUGGGUCAAGAGUUAAGCACAAGACACUAAGCAGUUUACAUACUUUAUGGGGAACAGCUUCUCACACUUUGUUUAAUAUCCUUAUUCAUUGUGAAUCUAGGCUUCAAGUUGCAUUUGGGGUUUCCUCUGUACAGCAAGAUGUUUCUUGCCUUUUGUUAAUGCAUUGUUGUAAAGUAUUUGAUGUACAUUACAGAUAAAAAAAAAAAACAAGUGCAUUGUGUAUAUUACACCAAUGCCACAGUGUUUCUUCAUCUAUGGUUCUAAAUAUUGCUUCAAUUUCAAAAUUUUGAAAGAUGUAUGAAUUUCCAGUUUUUUUGUUUUCUUUUCCCCAGUGCGUUUUAACAACAACAACAAAAAGGAAUAUUUAGCAGUAUUGUUCGUUCUGAUAUGUGAAUUUGUUUGUGGCAACUAAAAAAAAAAAGGCAUUCAGCAGUUUCUGACAAUUAACAUUCAUCAUUCCACACUCCUUGUCAACAAAGUGCUUUUUCACUGCCUAAAAUUUUAGAUGUAGAUAUUUGAAAUAGAUUUUUCAUUUAUACCAGUUUUCUUUAUGAUGAUACAGUGUUAAAAGAAAAUAAAUUACAAUUGAUCUGUCAUCCAUAUUUGCUAAGAAUGUCUAUUUCCAAGCACCUAUCAUAAAAAUACACAUUCUUGCUUG